CUCAGUCAGACGAUGUUAUUUCCGGAUGAGUAAUAUGUGAUAGUAUAUACUCGAUUAGUAAUAUCUAGAGAUCGACAGGUGUUUCUAAGUGUUCGAGAUACGCGACAUUCAUAUGGCUUUCUUAUUGGAAAUACGGCUAUGUGUCGCCGGACAGAUCAUGAUGUGUAGUGCAUUUUACAGAUUCGAGGAUAUAUGCAGUAUUAGAAAAUCAGGAGAGGUAGUGGCAGCAUAUGUGUAAAAAUAAAAGGUGUGGCGAAUACAUGUUGGACAACGGACAAACAGGAUAUGGAUGAGAGAGGACAGUACAGAGAUGGAACUCAGACGGUCACCGCACAUGAAGAAUACUUCGAUACAAAGUAUUAUCUUGUUGGAUCAGCUUCUGGAGGUGAAAUCGAGAUACAAGGCGGCGAGCAUAAAUUCCCGUUUCAAUGUAUUCUACCCAUGAAUUUACCCAGCAGUUUCGAAUCCGAUUUUGGCCACGUUCGGUAUACAGUCAAAGCGACUCUGGAUCGCCCUUGGAAAUUCGAUCAAGAAGUAAAGAGCCCCUUUACAGUAGUGUCGCCUUUUGACCUUAAUCAAGAAGUAAGAUCCUCGGAAAAGGUGCAAGUAGAAAUGAGUAAGACGUUUUGCUGCUUAUGUUGCGGAACACCAUCAUUAACUGUUAACUAUUCGUUACCAGUGAGGGGAUACGUACCAGGUCAAACAAUGCCAAUAAAGGUGAACGUUGAAAAUUUGUCAGGAAUCACUGUGGAGACUAUAAAACUCAUUUUGUGUAAGAUCGUGACUUUUCGGGCUACCACACCGACCACUGAUACUAAAACGGAGGAAAUUGUGAUAGCGGAAGUUUCCAAAGGACCCGUCGAAGGACACGGAACUGCAGAUUAUGAACAGAAGCUCGAUAUACCUCCACUUCCUCCAUCGAACUUGACGAAUUGUGGAAUUAUUGAUCUGGAAUAUAAUCUUAAAGUCGUAGCUUGUAUCUCAGAAUGGUACCAUCGAAAUUUGACGCAGAACACCCUUAUAUUUGUGGGCACGGUACCAUUAAUAAAUUAUCAAACUCCAAGUGCUCCAUCGGCCGAAGGAUAUCCACAACCCUCAGAAAUUGGGUGGACGAUGACAGGAAUUCCAGUUUCAAGCGUUGACGGAAGUCCACCAUCGAAUUUGUACCCUAAUCUGCCUCCACCAUCAUACGAAGAAUCAACCAAUGGUGCUAGAAGUCUGUGGGAACGUGGUGAAUCCGAGUAUAUUUUUGGUGUGUCGAAUCGUUUCGCGCCAAAAUAUCCCGUGUUCAAUUUUGCGGCGAAUCAGUAAACAACGAAAUAAAAUAAUUUGGUGCUUUGUUUUGGGAAAGAAAAGCGAAAGUCAUACACGCGUUACAUAUUACAGUCUGUAAAACAGUUUCUAGGAGCUUUGAUCAAAAUUAGGAGCUCGUGAUUGUGUAUGUUGUUUAAGUUGAUAGCCUGAAUUAAGAGUUGUUGAAGCACGUCUUGUUUAACUUUCUUUUAAAACAGAAGAAUGCGGGCAAAAUAAUUAACCAAAGCAAAUCCCAAGAAAAUAAUUAUUUAAAGCAUAAGAAUGACAGUAUAAUUUAAUUUAUGUAAUUUCUCAUUAGGGAUAUUACAUUUUGAUCGAGAUGCGGGUUAGUCAUAUACCACUAAUGGCAAAAAUUGUAAUUAGUUUUGAAGGUUGCAUUUCUGCAACGAAGAAAUCGUUCUGAUUAAUUAAGGCGCACAAUUAGAAAAUACUCGAAAUGCAAAAAAAUACUAUGCAUAUUUUUCUAUGAUAUUUUUCGUAGGAAUGACUACAAUCUAAAGCAAUAUUUAACAUUUUUAAACUGCCGAUACAAGAACAUUUAGCUUUUAUGAUAAUUUGUUCGAGUCACAUUUUUAUAUGUAUUUAAUUAUAUGCUAUCAUUAGUUAUAUCAAUAUAUUGUGUAUAAUGAAGAUACAAAUCCCUAAAUUUGUAUUUGUAUCUAUCUUGUUGUCAAUAAAACGUUCUUUUUCAUA